AUGGCGCGUCAAACAGCCACGGCAGCUUGUGGCAUGCUCGGUCCAUUGAAGAUACGAGCGGUUUUCCAGCUGAUACUGUCCCACAGCUUGCAGAGCCUGCCAAAAACGAAGCAAACGUUUAGUCUAGGACAAAGGUUUGCCGCUGACUGCAAGUACCAGUCUAUCCGCAAGACGCGACGAGACGGCAACUGCUUCUUUCGCGCCGUCAGCUUCACCUACCUGGAAAGCCUGCUGAAUGACCAGCAGGAGUACACAAGGUUCAAGCAGCUGGCCGAAAACAGUAAAGAGGUGCUCGUCUCGCUUGGCUUCCAGCGGUUCACAAUCGAGGACUUCAACGGCACGUUUAUGGAUGUCCUCAAGAGGAUUGAGAACUACAUUACCUUGGAUGACUUGCUUAAGAUCUUCAACGACCAGGGCUACUCUGACUACAUUGUUGUGUACAUGAGGUUGCUGACGUCCGGCCAGCUGCAGAAGGAGGCAUCGUUUUUUGCCAGCUUCAUUGAUGGACAGAGGACCGUGCAGGAGUUCUGCAAGCAGGAAGUGGAGCCCAUGUACAAGUAAAUUCAGGAACAAUUCAGGAAGU